UUAUAAUUUUAUUAAAUGGUUAACAGCGUAUUAUUAUGUGUUCUUAAUAAAGCACUGAACUAGAAUUAAAUAUAGUUUUCUUAUUUUCAGGGCAUUCACAAUGCACGCGAUUCCGAGUACAUCAAGUAGAAUAUUGUAUGAUGUUCCGUGCGUAGUUUGUAAGGACCAUUCUUCAGGCAAGCAUUACGGAGUUUUUGCUUGUGAUGGUUGCGCUGGCUUCUUCAAGCGUUCAGUUCGACGUGACCGCCAAUACGCCUGCAAAGCCCGUUCACCUGGCGCCUGUCUAGUCGACAAAGCACAUAGAAAUCAAUGCCGCGCUUGCCGACUAACAAAGUGUCUCAACGCUGGCAUGAAUAAAGAUGCUGUCCAACAUGAACGAGGACCUCGUAAUUCUACAAUACGACGGCAAAUGGCACUUUUCUUUCGAGAACCUGCCCCUGAUGUAGGUUUACCAACGCCGCCAGCUUUAGAUUUAGUCUUGACUAAACAACAACCGAGAACUGAUGUUCUGCUCCCACCGUUGCCCCCACCAGCACCAAUGCGCCCAAUCCCUGCAUUGUCAUUAUACCAUAAUCCCUAUAGCUCCAUCUAUGGUGGAAUUAAUUCUUGGUCACAACAUCCACCUCCGGUUAUGCUGUCGAUGCCAUCACCUCCUCUUUUAACACUACCUACAUCAUCUCCAGAAGCUAUAAGUGACGCCGCAGCAAAGAUUGUCUUCCUUAAUGUUAAUUGGAUCAGAUAUGUGCCGGGUUUCGAGAGCUUAUCUAUAACAGACAAGAUAAUAUUACUUGAAGAGUCGUGGAAAGAAUUAUUCGUCUUGGGUCUGGCACAGUUAAUGCAACCAGUUAACUUGAGAUCACUGCUAAUACAGGACUUACAAAAGAUUGAUACACAUCUUGUCGAUGAGUUCCAGUUAAUCCUUAGUGAUUUGUAUAAAAUUAAUGCUGAUAAUAAUGAGUUCUCUUGUUUGCGGGCGAUAUCUUUAUUUAACUAUAGCCACCUCGCUACUCAAACAACAAGGAACUUUGAGGAUUUAGGAGCCAUUUCUUCACUCUCUAGUUUCUACCAACUUUCUCUGCAGCAGUAUGAACUGCGCAUAAACCCAUUAGAUAUUGGCCGAGUUACGAAAUUAACACAAAUACUGAGAGACAUAAAAGUGUUGGAUAGUGCUAUCAUAGAAGAGAUCUUUUUGCGGCCAAUGAUUGGAAAUAGUUCUGUGGAAAAAUUAAUCUUAGAUAUAUAUACAAGAAAACCAUAACAGGCCAAAUAAUAUAUAAAAAUGAACUACAGCGUUGUUUUUAUUAAAAGAAGACAUAUUAUUAUAAUAUCUUAAAUGUGAUAGCUAAAGCUAAUAGUUAAGACGCAUUUCAUAAUUUUGUUGAAGUCUCUGAGUUGAAGGACUCGGAAAAGGCGUGACAUAAAAUUUUGCAAGAAACGAAGCCAGCCUCCUGAUGUCAUAUAGUUUUUUGGAUAUCUGCCAAUAUAAAGUGGUAAACCUUGAGUUCGUCAUUCAGACUGAAAGCUGUCAAACUAUUUUAUAAAACUUGAUAAUUGUUUAGAAUAAUGUGAGUGAAGUUUAUUUUAUUGUAAAAACUUGUUAAGUUUUCUAGUCAAUUGGUAGGAUAAUGUUAUUGGUAUGGAAUUUAACCGAACCCGUUUAAUUAGAAAACUUUAAUAUAUCACUAAAAUAAUUUUAACUGUAUAAUGUAUGUUCUUAAUAGUUUUGAUGUAAAAUUUAUAAUUAUAGGAAUGAUAAAAAAUAAUAGAUUUUUUCUGUAAAGAUAGAAAUAGGUUAUAAACCUGUCGUUCUUGACCCACGUCGUCGAUUUGAAAUUCACGAUCUUUCACGAUUUAUCACAAUAAACAAUUUUACGUACGGCAAAUGAAUUUGAAAUGAAAAAUAAGAAUAUUUUUGUAUUGAGCCAAGUGAUGCGUCGUAGCAUAAACGAUUGAAAAACAUGUUGCGUCAUUGCAAUGAUGCAUUUUGCUUUAGAGAAUAAUUUUUAUCUGACUAUAAAACGUAUGUCUUAAGGCAUUUCAGACAUUCAUUAUACAUUGAUAACUUAAUAACAUACAAAGACAUACUAAGGUUUCUAAUAUGAUCCGUCCCGGUAGAAAGUUAGUGCGGCCCUUGAGCUUCCUAAAGGCAGCCCCGACAGGUUUGUGAAAACUACCCGAGGAGGUUUUAGUGGAUAUUCCCCAUCCGUUUAUCAAAUCAGAGAUUCUGGUGUGGGUAGAGCCCACUACCUUUGAGAUCAAUGUGCAAAUACACAUUUACUUCGAUAUAAAACAAAACAUCUGCAUCGUAUUCAAUUAUGCGUAACUGAAAAAAAUGUGAAAACCAAAUAUCCCUACGUAUAAUAUUUUUUUGCAGUGAUUUCGAGGGAUUUAAAUCUUUUAGGUCAGGGUAAAAGUUUUACAGAAUAUUAAAAUAAAACCUUCAUGUUUAUUUUUAUAUUAGGUGUUCUGAUAAAAAACACGUAAAUGAGUUUUGUCAAUCUUUUGUUCUUAUUAACCUGACAUUGCUUAAAAAAAACCGAAACAGGUGGAAAUUCUGGAAGGUAUCACCUUCUGUCCUCUUUCGUGUAUCUCAUCAAGGUUUAUAAGGUUUCUCCACUUAAAUAUCAAGCUUUUUUGUGUACCCAGGCAGGCUUUUUGGAAUGGGACAAAAAUAUUUUCUAGUAAAUUCACAGUUUAUCAGCUAUGUAAAAACUACCACAUCAGCCCUGGCUGGUUAUUAUUAAUUUAAAAAAUGUAUUAUAAUCAAUGUGCUGUGCAAUUACCAAUACUUUUCGAGAUUUCCUUUCUGAUUAUAGAUUUAUUAAUGUUAUAUUUCAUGUUAAUAAAUCUAAAAACAGUUCAAAAGUGUUAACAGGAAAUAUCACUAUGUAGCUUUGAGUACACACAAUAGACAAAAAUCUGCGUAUUGGAUCGAAUUUUGCACUAUCGUCGCCUCUUUAAAUCACAUCUUGACGAUUCAAACAGGAAACAUCCAUCAAGUUAUCGUUCAAUGUUUUACGUAACGUUGAGCUUACGACGCACUACACCACUUUCAUCCAUAUUUAUCUAUUUCCGUAUACAAUUUACGAAUAAUUUUCUAUUUUGAGUAAAUAGAGUAAAAAUCUUAUAUGACAUUUUCUUGGGUCAAACCAUUCAGCACUCUCUCCGAGAUUUCACACAGCCUACAUUGAUCAUAAUUUUAAUUGGAAACCGGUAGCGUAUGUAAUAAUAUAAAAUGUUGACACUAAAUGAAGAAUUUAUUAUUAUAA